AUGGCGUCCGGCAAGCCGAACAAGCUGGCGUUCCUCUCGCAGCCGGCCCCGGCGGGGUACGUCGCUGGUCUAGGUCGUGGUGCGAGCGGAUUCACGACCCGCUCGGAUAUCGGCCCUGCACGCGAGGGCCCGUCAGACGAGGCGGUGGCUGCGGCGCGUGCGAAGCGUGGCGAGGAAGACGAGGAGGACGAGGAGCGCUACCAGGAUCCCGAAGAGGAGAGUGGCCUGUUUGCUUCGGCCGUGUACGAGCGUGAUGACGAGGAGGCGGACCGCAUCUGGGAUAGCGUCGACCAGCAGAUGGACGAGCGCCGCCGCAAGCAGCGCGAGGCGCGCGAACGUGCCGAGCUCGAGGAGGAGCGUGCACGCACGCCCAAGAUCCAAGCGCAGUUUGCCGACCUGAAGCGCAACCUCACCUCCGUAAGUGCGGAGGAAUGGGCGGCGCUGCCCGAGCCCGGUAACCUCACUGCCAAGCGCCGCAAGGCCGCGUCGCUGCGCGAGAGUCGUGACAACCGCACCUAUGCGCUGCCGGACAGCGUCCUGGUCGGCAACCGCGAUCGGAACCAGGUGCAGAACGAGGCGGCGGAUGUCGACAUGGAUGGCACACAGAGCGCUGUCGGCGGCACGAUGAGCUCGCUGACCGAGAUCGGCGAGGCACGCAACAAGGUCUUUUCGCACCAACUCGACCAGGCGUCGUCGAGCAGUGCAAUCGCGGCAUCCGGCAUGUCGUCCUCGAUUGAUCCCAAAGGCUAUCUCACCGAGCUUUCGGGCAUUUCGGUCAAAUCGGAUGUCGAGAUUGGCGACAUCAAAAAGGCACGGAGUUUGCUUGACUCGGUCAUCAAGACGAACCCAAAGCACGCCCCGGGCUGGAUCGCUGCUGCGCGUCUCGAAGAGGUGGCGGGCAAGAUGGCCGUUGCACGAAAGGUCAUCCAGCAGGGCUGCGAGCAGUGCCCCAAGAGCGAGGACGUGUGGCUGGAGAGCGCACGUCUCAACACCGUCGACAAUGCCAAGGUGAUCCUGGCCAAAGCCAUCCAGUACCUGAGUCAGUCAGUGAACAUCUGGCUGCGUGCCGAGCAGCUCGAGACCGACCCAGAGAGCAAGAAGCGCGUACUGCGCAAGGCGCUCGAGCACAUUCCCAACUCGGUGAAGCUCUGGAAGGAGCUCGUGAACCUCGAAGAGUCGCCGGAGGACGCACGUAUCCUGCUCGCAGGCGCCGUCGAGGCGAUCCCUAUGAGUGUCGAGCUCUGGCUCACGCUUGCGCGUCUCUCUGCGCCACAAGAGGCCAAGAGCGUGCUGAACAAGGCACGGCGCACCAUUCCCACGUCACACGAAAUCUGGAUUGCGGCUUCGCGCCUGAUCGAGCAGAUGGGCGAGUCCGCAGAGCGCGUCGACAAGACGGUCGCGUCGGCUGUCGCGUCUCUUGAAAAGGCCGGUGCAGUGCUUUCGCGCGAGCAGUGGCUGCGUGAGGCCGAACAGGUCGAGCGUGAGGGCUCGCCGCUGACCUGUGCAGCGAUCAUCCGCGCGACCGUAUACAUCGACAUUGACCCAGAAGAUCGCAGUCGUGUCUGGGUCGAAGACGCGCAAGGUGCCCUCGAGCAGGGCUACCCCGAGACGGCGCGUGCGAUCUACUCGUGUGCGCUGCACGAGUUCCCCGACGAGCUCGGAAUCUGGCAAGAAGCUUCUGUGCUGGAGAAGCGCCACGGCACGCCGGCCACGCUCGAGGCGCUCCUCGAGCGCGCCGUGUCGAGCUGCCCGAAGGCCGAGGCACUUUGGCUGAUGUAUGCCAAAGAGAAGCAGCUUGCGCGAGACGUGCAAGGCGCGCGCCAGGUGCUCAUCCGCGCCUUUGACCACAACAUCGGCUCCGAGGCCAUCUCGCUCGCGGCUGCCGACCUCGAAGCUGAGCAAGGCGAGAAGAAGGCGGCCGCCAUGCUUCUUGCGCGCGCGCGCAAAGAGGUCGACUCGGUGCGCGUGUGGCUCAAGAGCGUGCAGUUUGAGCGCGUGAAUGGGUCGCUCAGCGACGGUCUGGCGCUUGUGCAAGAGGCGCUCGGCCGCUUCCCGAAAGCCGACAAGCUGCACAUGGUCCACGGCCAGCUGCAUGAGCAGCUCGCGUCGGCCGCGAGCGACCGUGCACCCGAAGUGCGAGCCGCGCGCGAGGCGUACGCGACCGGCCGCGAGCACUGCCCGAUGUCUGUACCGCUCUGGCUGCUGAGCAGCCGCCUCGAGGAAAAAGAAGGCCUCGCGAUCCGUGCGCGUGCGCUGAUGGAAAAAGCGCGCAAGUCGCACGAAAAGAGCGACGAGAUCUGGGCCGAGUCGGCGGCGAUCGAGCUGCGUGCCGGCAGCGUGCCGCAGGCCAAGAGCAUGCUGGCGCGUGGCUUACAAGCGUGCCCCGCCUCGGGCCGCCUGUGGAGCGACUCGAUUUGGCUCGAGCCGAAGCCAGCGCGCAAGACGCGCGCGGCCGACGCGCUGCGGCGCUCGGGCGACAAUGCCGAGGUGAUCUGCACGGUGGCGCGCCUCUUUUGGCAGGAAGGCAAGCACGCCCAAGCGCGCAGCUGGUUCGACAAAGCCCUCGCCGCGAACCGCGGCUGGGGCGACGGCUGGGGCUGGUGGUACGCGUUUGAGACGGACCAGGCGAAGCAGGGCGACACGGCUGCGCAAGAGCAGCUCCUCGAGAAGAUUAAUGUGGCCGAGCCGAGGUACGGCACCGAGUGGCAGGCCCUGCGCAAGGACCCUGCGAAUGCAGCCAAGACGCCGCGUGAGCUGCUGCCGCGCCUGGCCGCGAUCCUGCUGAAAAAGUACGGAACGAACUCGUAG